CCAGGCAAAAGCAUCAACGGGGAAACAAGAGAGGCGAGAGAGAAAACUCAGAAACAUGGAGGCGAUGGAGCAGAUGAGAUCAUGAGAAAACUCAGAAAAGAAAGAAGGGCUUACCUGCAAAGGAGGAAACGGAGGCGGCGACAUGGAGGUUUGCUUGCGGUAAGGAGAAGACGUGAUUUUCAUUUUAGCCUCUCCAUUGAACAAAACAUGGAGCACUCAGAUACACCUCACAUAUUAGCUAUACCCUUUCCAGCAGAAGGACACAUCAAACCCAUGUUUAAUUUAGCCAAACUUCUUUCCCAUAGAAGCCACAGAAUCACCUUCGUGAACACACAUCACAACCACAAUCGCCUCCUCCAAUUCACAGAUUUACCCUCAUUCCACACUCAAUUUCCCGAUUUCCUCUUUGCAUCCAUCACUGAUGGCAUACCCUCUGACAAUCCUAGAAAAGGUGCCCUAAUAAACUACCUUCCAAUGCUUAUCACUCCUAGCGCCAGAUCCUUAGUUGCCAAAGAGUUCCGAGAAUUGUUCUCAAGACUUCUCGAGAAAAAUGGUGAUCAGUGGCAGCAACCAUCUUGCAUCAUAGUUGAUGGACUCAUGUCAACGAUUGUCAUGGGAGUUGCACAAGAGUUUAGGAUUCCAGUGAUUGCUUUCCGAACCUACAGUGCUACUUGCACUUGGGUCACAAUCUUCAUGAGCAAACUUGCCAAGGAGGGAGCACAACAGCUUCGGAGUAAUCAAGAUGCAGAAAAUUUGAAAAGUGCAUCCGCCAACAUUCCAGGAUUAGAGAAUUUAUUGAGAAACUGUGACCUUCCACCCGAUUCCGGGACUAGGGACUUCAUUUUCGAAGAAACCUUAGCCAUGACCCAAGCUUCAGCUAUUAUACUCAAUACUUUUGAGCAACUUGAACCCUCCAUUAUCACUAAGCUUGCUACUAUAUUUCCCAAAGUGUAUUCUAUUGGUCCUCUUCACACUCUCUGCAAGACCAUGAUCACAACCAAUAGUACUUCAUCACCCCACAAAGAUGGUCGUUUGAGAAAAGAAGAUAGAAGCUGCAUAACUUGGCUGGACCACCAAAAAGCAAAGUCAGUUUUGUAUGUUAGCUUUGGUACUGUGGUGAACCUAUCAUAUGAGCAAUUAAUGGAGUUUUGGCAUGGUUUGGUAAACAGUUUGAAGCCUUUCUUGUGGGUCAUCCAAAAGGAGUUAAUAAUCCAAAAAAAUGUACCUAUAGAGCUUGAGAUAGGGACUAAAGAAAGGGGUUUUUUGGUAAAUUGGGCACCUCAAGAAGAGGUUUUGGCCAACCCUGCUGUGGGUGGGUUUUUAACCCAUUGUGGAUGGAACUCUACAUUGGAAUCUAUUGCCGAAGGAGUGCCUAUGCUUUGUUGGCCGUCGAUUACUGAUCAAACGGUUAACAGUAGGUGUGUGAGUGAACAGUGGAAGAUUGGUCUCAAUAUGAAUGGGUCGUGUGAUAGAUUCGUUGUAGAAAACAUGGUGAGAGAUAUAAUGGAGAAUGAAGAUCUCAUGAGAUCAGCAAAUGAUGUUGCUAAAAAAGCUCUUCAUGGUAUCAAAGAGAAUGGUUCUUCUUAUCAUAAUUUGGAGAAUUUGAUCAAGGACAUAAGCUUAAUGAAGGUAAGGAACUAGUAUAAGAGGUUGAAUGUAUUUCCUGGUGCAUUUCCGAAUUUAAACAUCUUCAUGUAUCAAAAUUUGUAGACUUAGUUGACUCUAUCUAUGCAUUGAAUUCACUUUCAUCCAUUUUUUUUAUA